UAGAUUUUGAAAAAGUAAGUUCUACCAGUUUGGCUCUGAAGUCUCAAAUUCUCAAUUGAUUUAGGGACCAGGGUUUUUCUUCUCUUUUCUGCUUUAGAGAAUCAGCCGCCAGCAGCCAACCUUCUGCCUCUGCCACCGACUUGCCGCAGGCCCGCAACCUUGCAAUCCUCGUCUCCUCGUUGGAUAGCAAGCCCUGGGCCUCGAUCGUCAAGAAGUUCAUCUCAAUGGGGAAAAAGAGAAGUAAGCAUCAAAAUCCACAACCUUUCAUGGCUGCUGACGAAGACAUUAUUGCCUCCAAGAAAUGCCCCAAACUUCCUAAACAACACCAAAAAGAAGAGAAGCUUAUUUCGUCGGUCAUGAGUUCCAAGAUCCUGAAAGAAGCUCUGAUUCAGCAAAAAGAGAUUGAGGAUGAGGCUGAAGAACAUAACCCUAAUAACCUGUCCUUUGCUGAACCAACAGAUGAUGCUGCUUCUGAAGAAGACAUAGAUGAAUUUGGUGGAUUCUCUGAAACUCAAAGCCAAUAUGGCUUUGAUGAAAAGGAGAUCAAUGAGGAGGAUGAAAGGUUGUUGGAGGCCUUCUUUUCGAAGGAUGUUCAUCCGCAGCGUACACUUGCAGACCUUAUUGCCCAGAAAAUAAAAGAAAACGAUGCACAAGUUUCUUCUGAAAAGCGGCCUUUGCCUAAAUUGGAUAGCACCAUUAUAGAUUUGUACAAGGGAGUUGGGAAGCUUCUUAGUAGAUAUACUGCAGGAAAAAUGCCAAAAGCAAUAAAACACAUCCCUUCACUGCAGUUAUGGGAGGAAGUCUUAUAUAUCACUGAACCUGAGAAUUGGUCACCGAAUGCGAUGUACCAAGUCACAAGAAUCUUUGCGUCUAAUUUAGGUGCUGCAAAGGCUACUCGCUUUUACAAGCUUGUCUUGCUCCCACGGGUCAGAGAAGAUAUCCGCAAGAAUAAGAGACUCCAUUUUGCUUUGUAUCAGGCUUUGAAAAAAUCUCUGUACAAACCUGCGGCAUUCUUCAAAGGAAUAUUGUUUCCAUUAUGUGAGUCAGGGACAUGCACUCUUAGGGAAGCUGUCAUUAUUGGGAGCAUUAUUCAAAAAGUUUCCAUUCCAGUAAUUCAUUCCGGUGUUGCUUUGUUGAAGCUUGCAGAGAUGGAAUACUGUGGCACAACAAGUUAUUUCAUAAAGCUUAUUCUUGAGAAGAAAUAUGCUUUGGUAAUUCGCGUAGUUCGUGCUAUCAUUGCCCAUUUUAUGAGGUUCCUUGAAGACUCAAGAAUAAUGCCUGUAAUAUGGCACCAGUCACUUCUUGUGUUUGUACAAAGGUAUAAAGAUGCCCUAAGCAAGGAGGAUAAAGAUAAUCUCAAAAUUUUGAUUGGAAAGCAGAGGCAUAAACUAGUUACUCCUGAAAUUUUGAGGGAGCUAGCUGAGAAGGAAGAUGACCCUACUGUGUCCGUGAUCACUAAAACUAUUGAAGAAGACAGAUUUGACAUUCCAGAGGUCCCUAUGGAGGAGGACUAAAUAUCCAUUCACAAGUAGCUGCUCUUAGGUUCCUUAUACGUUUAUGCUAUUAUGCUAUUUUCUGUUUUUUCCUAGUGCUUGAUGUGGGUCAGAUUCUGCAUGAUGCAAGGUUCCUUAAAGAGGGAGGAGCUUAGCUUUGUUGAAGAGAGAAUUGUAUAUUAUUGCAAACUUCUUGUCGGGUAUUUGUCUUUUGAUUUUGAUCUACCAGGAGACAGAUGGGUUGAUAAAGAUUUAGGAAUGCUUUAUUCAGUGUGAUAUAUAUAUAUAUAUAUAUAUAUAUAUAUAUAUAUUAUAUUGUUUCUUAUUGAGUUUAAUUGUAAUAGGUUCUUAAGUUAUUUGGUUAUAUUGUUAUGCAGAAACAAAUAUCACUAUGUGGUCAUUGUUUUCUUUCUUUUGUUAUUUCCUCAUCAAAUAUAUUUUUGAACCCAUUGUGCCGGGUGACUAUUGAUUUGAAAUUGAAGGGUAAGUUAUAGGAGAGAUUGUG